AUGAACAGCAGGGUCUUGGUGAGUGGAGGGAGCCUUGAAGAAGAGGUUGGGGACAACUGCGAUGAUAUUGACUUGUUUGUUUGUUGCUGCCAGAUCCCUGCCUUCGCUAUCUCAGGCGGGAAGGUCGUCGGCGGAGGAAGCUUCCCGGAAGAUCCUUUCGAGGCUGUGAAGACACUCGGACUUGUUGGUGAAGUUAUGGUCUUUGAUCAAGAUGCCGAGGAGGGGAAGGAUGUCAUUGUGGACUACAAGGAGAGCAACAUGGGUUUUCUCGAUGGUGUUCCCAAGGAAAGAAUCACGCUGGCGGUCAAACUCAACGCGUCUGGGAGUGGAGAAGCUAUUCUUUCCGACGGCAAGUCACUGAAGGAGGCCAUGUCUGAGAUCUCCUAUUACGCGAAUCGGGUCGUCCUUCAGUUCGACCACGGUUUUGACCGCAAGGUCGUCGAGUCAGCGAAAAGCCUUCUUGAGAAAGGAAUGAUGCUCAACGUGCUGAACCCACCGACGACUGAUGAUAUUGCUUUCCUCGACAGUCUUGGCGUUGAGUCGAUCCUGGGGACAUGUUUGCAAGACGGGUCCAUGACGAUCCCCGAGGCGUUGAAAGCUGUCUUGGUCUCUGACCGACCCGACGGUCUGAUCCCAACAGUGGUGGUCGACGAGGAUAUGGUCACUCUGGGUCUCUGCUAUUCCAACCUCGAGAGCUUGGCGGAAGCGUUCAAGAGAUCGGUCGGGGUGUACUGGAGGUGGACGUCUGCUAUCGCAGCUGGCAAGUUCGUGACCGCCUUGCAGGAGCUGCUGCGGGUUGACUUAGACUGCGAUCGGGACUCAAUGCGCUUCGUCGUCCGACAGUCAGGAUCUGGUUUCUGUCACAUGGAGCAGAUGUCAUGUUUUGGAGAGGAUCAUGGGACCUUGGGCGCACUUAUGCGGACCCUCAUUGAUCGGAAGAACAAUGCUCCAGCUGGAUCAUACACCAAGAGAUUGUUCGACGACGAUGUCUUGUUGAAAUCAAAACUUCUGGAGGAAUGCGAAGAGCUGCUCGCUGCCAAAGACAACAAGGAGGCAUCAGUCGCAUGGGAAACUGCCGAUGUGAUCUACUUCGCCUUCGCUGCAUGCGCCCGUCAUGGUGUGGAUCUGGCCAAGGUUCAACGCAAUUUGUCAAGAAAAGCUCUGCGUGUACGAAGACGCCCGGGUAACGCGAAGCCGCCUGGCUGGAAACCUGGCGACCCUUCGCCAGAUGCGGGGCAAAACCCAAAGUGA